CGUGGGGGAGGAAAGUACGAGUGAGCCGCAGCCUCGGCCGCGCCGUUCAGCCCGCGCGCAGCCGCCGCUCGGUUCUGCCUCCGCCUCGCAGGAGCCGCCCGAAGGCCCUACCGGCCCUACCGCCCCUACCCAGCCCCGCGCGGCGCAGCGCCCGCCGCCAUGCCCAAGAAUAAAGGUAAAGGAGGUAAAAACAGAAGACGAGGUAAGAAUGAGAAUGAGUCAGAAAAAAGAGAGCUGGUGUUCAAGGAAGACGGGCAAGAGUAUGCCCAGGUGAUCAAGAUGUUAGGCAAUGGAAGACUGGAGGCGUUGUGUUUUGAUGGUGUGAAGAGGUUAUGUCAUAUCAGAGGGAAACUAAGAAAAAAGGUUUGGAUAAAUACUUCUGAUAUUAUAUUGGUUGGCUUACGAGACUACCAGGAUAACAAAGCUGAUGUUAUUCUAAAGUAUAAUGCAGAUGAAGCCAGAAGUCUGAAAGCAUAUGGGGAGCUUCCAGAACAUGCUAAAAUCAAUGAAACAGACACAUUCGGUCCCGGAGAUGAUGAUGAAAUCCAGUUUGAUGAUAUUGGAGAUGAUGAUGAAGAUAUUGAUGAUAUCUAGUUUGGAACAGAGGUUUACAUUCCAACUUUCUUCCUCCAAGGAUUGUUCUACAUUGAUACUUUGAUUAUUUUUUUGGGUGAAGUACCUUUCUUUUAAGAAGACGGAAAAUUCUUGGUAAAGAGUGUAGUUUGUUACAUCAAAAGGAUUUAUUUUCAAUGUUUGUUUUAAAGUAUUUAUAUUUCUUUAGAAAUGGAUAAUGCUGGAUUAUCACAAAGGUUAAAUGAAAUGCCACAAAUAUUUUCCCUUCACCAAUUAGAGCUUUUAGCUCCGGGUAUAAGUGAGAUACAGAGACAUGGGCUGUAAAAGACUCUGGUUUUCCCCUCUUGUGCUUUCAUCACUACAAUACCAGUUCAACUUGUAUUUUGAAAUAAAAAUUGUUUACCCUGUAAUUAUCAUGAAUUUUGAUUAAAUACCCAGUUCAGAUUAGUAUUAAAAUGUACUAUGCAGUGUCUGUCCUUAUACCCCUUGCCUUGAUAUUAACUUUAAAAGAUUUUGAUAAUAUAAAAGGAAGGCAGAAAUCUGCAUUUUAAUUCAUAAUGCAUGAAUCUGCUCUUCACAUCUCGUAGCAUGCUGCUAUUUUUAUACAGAUUUUGAUAAUUAAGAACACUCAUAAUUUCAAAGAAGCAAAUUUGCCACAGCGGAUGGGUAGAGAAGUAACAAUGAACCAUAAGCAGCAUCUUAAAUUUGCAGUUGUUAAAAACUGUCUUGUAUGCUUAGCUCUUCUGUGUGUUCAGUAGCUAAGUUGUCAUUGUGGAAGAUGAACACUGGGUGGCACCCAGCAUAACAGGGAUGCGUUCAUGCAAACCGGUAGCAGUUGAUUCUGUACUGAAAAAAAAAAACUAAAAUAGUUUUUCCCCAAAGCAAAUGGUUAACAUUCAUGAUAUGUUAAGCGUGUAGAAUAUUUUUACAUUAUAGAAAGGGUUAUGUUAAGAGUAGAGUUUUAUUUUAAUCUUAAAGUCCAUGCAGCCUAAGGUACAACAUUAAAGCUUAUGUGAACUCUGAAUAACGAUAUAAAUGAGAAAUUAAAUUUGUGUCAAACGUAGGAAAAGAAUCUUUUCAUCCUGAAUGAGUCGCUGAAACAAAGUAAUGGAAAGAUUCUUCUCCGCCUUUGGACUGGAGGAGUCAGUUAAAGCUGAAUAAAGACUAACAUCAUCAUGAAAAUAUUAUUUUGUGGUAGCCUUAGUUUGUUUGUCUUCAGUUGUAUGUUUAACAACUCUGAAAGCAGGUUAAUGGAAAAAUUCCUUUUGUGCCAUAAAAAUCUGAUUCUUGAAACUUGUGUUCAUCAUACAGUCUUUUUGGGAUGCUGUACAGUGACUGCCCCAAUAGGUGAAACAAAAUGUCUGUAGAUACAGAGCGGCCUCGGUGCUUUAUGGGAUUAUUUUUUUUAAGGAGGAUUUCUGCAUUAGGUUUAAAUUCCCACAAAUUGUCUUUCUCUCUUUAUCUUUUUCCUUCUUCACAGUAUCUAUUAUUCCUAAGAGGAGAUCAUACAACAGUAACUAUUUCUUAGUCUUGAGUACUUUUGGCAAAUAUUACAUGGAUUUUAAAAACUCAUAGUAAGAACUUGCUAGAUAUUGGGAAAAUGUGCUGUUAACAUAGCACUCCUCUUGCCCUGAUAUUAAAGUAUAUAAAGAUCCUGUCUUUGUAUGUCUGUAACAUUCAGCAGUGAAUCAACAUACAAGUUGUAAAGUUUCAGGGUGAGGUUUACAAGCUGUUCCCUGGCUUACUGGUUUCCUCAAUAUUGAACAGACCAUUGAGCAGCUCUGAAAAUGGUCUAGAAACUCCCAAAACCAGGCUUGGUGCAGAAGAUUUCUAUGCAGUAGUGGCAGCAGAGAAGUUGAUGAUUAAAUUACAGUGAAUGUUUGCCGAAGAUGCAAGUACAGAAUUUAUUCUUGCCAAACACACUUUUGUACAUAUAAGGAAAACGUGUAAAGUACAUUGUCAGUGGUGAGGGAAAUAGAAACAAAUAUGCUGCUGUUGCAAGAAACUUACUUCAGUGUACUAGAAUUCUCUGGUAGAACAAGAUGCUCCAGCUGUGGGGCAAAGAUGAAAUUCUGUUCCUCACAGAAUUGUUUCCAGCCUUUAUUGGUCACAAGCUCCUGUUGGGCCCACCCAAAAUUCUGCAGAGCUCUUUAGGAAGAUUCCUAUUCAGCUGUGAUUUUCUUCUUAGUGCUCUGGCUCAACACCAUCUCACUGAUUUCACGGUAGGCUGCUUGGUCUUUCUCAAAUAAAUGUCCUCAUUCUCUGUCCACUGCCAGACCCCUUUCACAGAGCAAACUGGGCAGCUUUAUAUUGUCUCUUCUUCCUCCGGAGGUAAAAAGCUGCUUACACAAGGAGCUCUGAUUUCAGUGUCUACAUGCAAAGAAGGCAGCAGCUGCCAGGUAGAGGACUGCAAGAUUGCUAACUGACGCCAUGACAGGUGGUCAUUUCUAUAUAAUUUUUUUAAU